UUUAAGAUUUUGUGUCUGAUCUGAUUUAUUUUUGCAUGAGCUGCCCAUCGAUUCGAGACAAUGUGUGAACCUGGUAGAAUAUAUCUUUCUAUGCACUCCUGUUAAGUGAUCACAUGUCGGUGUGACACUUCAACAAUAAAACAGCUUCCACUCUCUCUGUCACUGCCAGUGCCAGCAAAAACUCCUCCCUCCACUCUCUGCAGUGGUAUCUCUGGUAAAAAUAAAAUAGCAUUUCAGUCCUGAAAAACACGAUUUUUGAAAAGCUGACGCUGAAGUUGUAGAUUACGGUCCCUAUAGUUAAAUUCAAUUAUAUAGGCCUAUACUAUAUAUUUCAAUUUUAUAUAUUUAUACUUAACUAGAAAUGUCAAAGUUGUUAAAUUAAAUAUUAAUAAAACCCAGCCUACAUCAUUAGUAAAUGAGAAAGAAGGGAUCAUCAUACAUGCCAACCUGUUUGGAUAAAAAACUGUACAACAUCAUGAAUAACCGCUCCAGUUCAAAAAAAAAAAAAAAAAGUCGAAAAAAGUAUAAUUUAUAACUUUUUCAACAUUUUAUUACUGCUAUCAAUUUUAAUUGAAUGCAUAGAUCAUCAUACAUGCCAACCUGUUUGGAUAAAAAACUGUACAACAUCAUGAAUAACCGCUCCAGUUCAAAAAAAAAAAAAAGUCGAAAAAAGUAUAAUUUAUAACUUUUUCAACAUUUUAUUACUGCUAUCAAUUUUAAUUGAAUGCAUGCAAACUUUGGCUUCAUGUUGGGCCUAAAUUUCAUAAACAAUCUCCCCUUUUCUGUGCACACAUUUAAGCCUUUUUAAAUUUUAUAUAAGCCUUUUUAGAAAUAAAAAUAGUUUGUUUUAGUGACAUUUUGUCAGAUUUUGCAAUUUUACACUGGUCAAUAGCAAUUUUGAAAUAAAUUGACUUAGAUGUAUUUGAUAGCAUUUUAGAUGUAAUUUGACAUAUUCUUCAAUUAAUCAUGCUCGAUUUAGUAAUGUAGGUUCCUUUUUUAAAUUUAAUUAAAGGAAAUACAUUUCCACUGCCUUGACAAAGUUAUUAAGUUUGCAGCCAUAUUUUCCCUGUACUUCAGGAAAAGUCCAGUGGAUUGUUUUUUUUUCCUACCAUAAGCACUGAGAGGAUAUAAAAUUUUAUCUAGAAGUUAUAAUAAGAAUUACACAAACUGAUUUCUAAUCUUGUUUUUUUAACUCAAACUCAAAGUAGUUAAUACCGAACAAUGCUAUAGUACAAUUAACGAGUGGUCUCAACGAAACUUUGCUCAGUUUCCGGUACUAAAUUUAGAUAGCCUACCAAACUCAGAUUUUGGACCAAAGAUCAUUUUGAACAGACCAAUAGGAUACCAGCUUGCUGUUGACCAAUUUAUUCAGUUAAGAUUCAAUCAUGUUUUAUCAAUCCUUGUGCAAAAAUAUUUAUUUUCCAAAUGCAGGGAAAAACUGUACACAAUCCUAUGCAGCCAUACAACUCAAAAAACUUUUAUAACCCAUUCAAAGUAACUGUAAACUGUCCAGGUUGGCAUGUAUGGAUCAUUUGCGCUCCUUUGAUAUCAAUUUCAUGUUUCUAUCAUAUACCUGAUAUGAUGUUAAUAGUUAAGUAGAAAAAAAGGUUAUUCAGUUUUUCAGUUAUGAAAAUACAUAGAAAUUAUGUCUCUAUUUGAUCUAGGAGUUCUUAGAUUUAAAAAAAAACUGAAUUUAUAUUAGUUUAAAAUUUAUUUAAUUUAUUGAAGCCUUAACUCUAAAAUUUCUAGAUCUAAAUAACUGACUCCUGUCUUAGGCCUAUUAAUUUGACUACUACAUUACCAAAGGCUUUAACUUCAAGCUCAGGUUUAUUGAUGUACCGGUAUUUAAAAUAUAUUAUGUAAUUGAUUCUAGUUCAUAUUAUAUUUUUUCCCUAUUGUUUUUAGAUACCAAAGACAUCUGUGAUGAUGAUAAUGACCUAAGAGAAAUGCCCUUCUAUGCUGUAUUCUUGUGGAAAAAUGUAGUAGCAAUAGUUCUGCUUUCUUAUUCCACAAAUUUUGUCUGUGCUACAGUCUCCUCCCAUGAAUGGGACACUGGUCAGUAUGGAUAAAAUGCUUCUAUUAUUAUAUUUUAUAUUUAACUUUAACACAUCCAUCAUUUGAGUACCUACCAUACUUAAUUGAACUGAUCUGAUUCCUCAUAUUAAAAAUUAUGUUGAUAUGCAUCAUAUUCAUGUACCGGUACCGGUAAUUAUAAAUAUUCAAUAAAUUUUAAAUUCUAGUCAUUGAGCUCUUGCACAUAAAGUGGCAAUUUUUUCAAAUAUAUUUUUCAGUUAGACUACCGGUACAUACUUUUGUAUGUGGGGUGUGUUAAUAAGUGACUUUUUAAAAUGAUCUUACUACAUUUUCUUCCUUUCUCCAGAAGUGGUACAAAAUGAAAGCUAUCUAUCUACUAUCAGCUACACACAUUUAUUUUUAAUCGUCAUUGGAUCUGUGAUGAGCUUCUUAUUUUUGGUGGUUUUUCUUAUCCCCACUUGUAUGGACUGCAUGAACUCUGAGGUGAGUUCCGAUACCAAUCCAGCGUGUGGGGGUACAACGCCCAAAUGGGGGGGAGCCACCAAUUAUACAACCAAUGAAGUAAGAGUUCCUUCAUCCUUGCCUUACUCUGUAAACCCUCAUCUUCAAGAGGGAUCAGGUUUUAUUGGGUACCAAGCUGCUGGAUAUCCAGCUCCUGCUGCUACCAAUGAUGGAUCUAGACUAGGUCCAGAGGCAGGACAGUUUCAAAGACAUUUCAGCCCAUUCGAUCAGGAGCCCCCUCCACCACCCUAUGAAGCUGCUGUGGCGGGAAAUCGGUAGUUUAACUUUAUUGUUGUGAUUGUUUAAUUUUUCUGCUGUCCAGGUUUAACAGUUAACAGUUGGAACAAAUUUAUAGUAAAUUUUCAAUGGUAUAAAUAUUUGUUUUGGGGCAUCUUGACUUAACAAUCCACAUAAAAUUGCUGGAAAAAUUAAAUUUUAGGAUUUAUUUUGUAUAGUGUUAAGGAUGGGUAUUCCCAUAGGAAGUUACUUAAACAAAUUUGACAUGUUUUUAAAUGAUGUAAAUUACAGUAAAUUACUGGUUAUCGAUUUUUUAUGUGUCCCGAUGCCCCCCUAUGUUCCAUAAACUUAUCCUUAGUCUUAUACUGUCAAAAGCAUUCUUUAAAUAGUACCAGUACCGUAGUUAGCAAGACCCUCUAACUCUAAGGAAAGUAACACAAAAAACGUAAAGAUUUUUUUGAAUGCCGGUACUGGUACAUUACCGUAAUUAAUAAUGAAACAAAGUACUUUUUUUUUACUUUAUCUAAUUCAAAAGUCAGAUUUGGUUCUAAUGAGAUGGAUCUUCUAAUUAAAUUGAACAUUUUUGCUAAUAAUUUGUAAAGUCCAUAUUUACACCUACUGGUACUAAUGUCAGUUUGCAUAUAUUGUUAUUAUUUAAAGCUGGUAUUUCUCAAUUUCUGUAUGAAAACAAGAUCAAAUUUUGUUCUUUCCUUGUGUCUAACACAAUCAUUUAAUAUUUGAGUGAUAUCUACCCUCAUUUCUUAUUUGAUGCUGAGAGUCAAAACAGUAUCUCAUACUUCUCCAAACAAUAUUAUUUUAUAUUUUUUAAGGUAAUGCAUUGGGUGUCGGGUACCGGUAUUCAUUAUAAUAGUCAUAAGUGCCCACUUUGGUAAUCUCAUUGACCCCUAAAUCUUCAAAGCGCCUGCCUGGGCAAUCCCAUGGUCCUUUUUGAGAACCACUGAUGUAAACACUAAAAUCCAAUGUGGUAAAAAAUCUGCUGAUUUGUAAUGAUUUGAUUGUAAAUUGUUGUAAACAUUUGAUUAUAAUUAUAUAUUUUUAUGUAACAAUAACAAUCUGUUGAAAAGCCUUAUCCACUAUGCUUGAAUUUUAAACAAUAAUUUUGUUUACCGUAAUGUUGUGACUGUGAUAAUGUUUAAUUUUUUAAAAGCAUUUGCUUUUGCUAAGGUCUUUUACUUUGUUUAAAUAUGAUGUUAAAUAAUUAAAGUAAGAAUUUGAUUGGGGCAAGUCUAAAAAAUAGAUAAAUUAUAAUUAAAAAGAUACCGGUACAUUUAUUUGAAUUAAAAUAUCUUGUUUAUUUGUCAACAAAUAUUACAUGAUAAAUGGAAAUUUAAAAAUGAAUGCUAUUCAUUUUUUGGUGAAUAUUUUUUCUAAUCAAACGGAAACAUACCAAGUACAUAAAUUAUGGCUGAUGGAUAAGACAACAGCCUAACUUAGGAAUGUAUUAGUUUACUAAGUCUAAUUUAAAGGCUAAGCUCAUGAAAUGUAAUGUUUUGUUGAAAAAUCUUAAGGGAAUUAAUUUCAAUUUCUAUCUAGGGGUACCGGUAUGAACUUUUGACGGAAAUUUAAAAAAAAAAGUAGUAUUAUUUGAUUUAAGUUACAAAGCGCUAACUUACUUUUAAGAAAUUUUUGAAUGGAUAAUUAGCAUCACCAUAUAAAUAUAUCUGUUGGAAUCGAUUGCUAUUGAACAAAUAACAUUCACAGCCUUCAUUGGUUUAUAAAAGACCAAUCUAGUAUGGAAAAUAAUUUUUUUGUUUUUGAAAGUUAUUCUAGUCUUAAAAUGACAUUGAAAUGUGUGCAAUUUUCCAGCUCAUUUACUUGAAUGUUUGUACCCGGUACUGGAACUAUUUAUAUGUAAGACUAAGACAGGCAUUGGAUCAGACAAUAGUAAUCUAUUCUUGGUUUGAAAUUUUAAUGGGGUGGACAUGCAUAAGCACACUUAACCAGUAUAUAAUAAAAUAUCCUAAUUAAGUCUUAUAAUUUAUGUGUGUUACCAUUAUGAAUAAUUAUACUGUAUCGAAAAUGCUAAAGACACAGAAACAUAAAUGCUAGGGUUAAAAAUAAUGAAAUGGAUACAAAUUUUGACAGCUGUGAAAGAAGAAACAUAACAGCUUUGUAAAGCAUAAUCACAGAGUCUAUAGUGUAUUAUGGGUAACUGGUAUUGUAAAAGUUACUCACUUUCCUGAAAUCAUGCUUAAGUUUUCUCUCAAUCUUCACACAAAGAUGCAUUGUUUAUAUCAGUAUAUCCAAAUUUUCCAUUCAAUCAAAUUUUUUUAGUUCUGUAAAUUGUUUAAAAUGAAUAUUCUUGAUUGUCUUUUUCUUUUGUAUAUUUCUCCUGCUGUUUAAGAUGACCAAAAGAAUGAUUGUCAAAUAAUUAGCUGUUGUGUUCAGUUUUACUGUAUGCAACUAUGUUUUUUUAAAUUAAGAAAUAAUUAUUUUUAUAAAAUGUUUUUAAAUUUAUUUAAUUUGAUCUUCCCCAAAAAAUUAUUUAAAAACUGUAUACUUGAUUUAUUUUAAUAUUAUGUUUAAAGUAUUACAAGAAAUGUCUUAACUUUGCCUGUAAAUAUUAAUCAUGGUAUUAAAUAGCUUUUGUAUCUGCAUUUUUAUUUAGUUAUACCUCGUUUCUUUUUUUAAAAAUAAUAAUAAAUGAAUAUAUUUUAAAUUUAAAUAUACAAAGUGAAUCUUUUUGUUCUAAAAAAAAUGAUUGAAACGGCAGUGUUGUACAGAAAUGUGUCUUUUUUUAUACUCUUUGUUUUUAAGGAAUGUAUUCCACUUGAAAAUUCAUUAAAAUUAAAAUUUACAAUUAAAACAGUCGCU